UUAAAAGAGUAUUAUAAUUGAUAACUGUUAUUUGGAAUUUUGAAACGUUUAGCCUUGAUUCUGCUUUAUGAAAUGACUGACGAAGCAUUACUUAUAACUCCAGCUUGCCUCCAUCCUACGGCGUGGCUCUUCGAGAUCUCCAUCGAGCAGUUCGAGAAGACUUACCAAGAACACUCAUAUUCGACGACGUAUACUGCCACGAUCAGACUUGACACGCAUCAUGUCCAAAAAUAUUUUGGUGUUCCGGCAUCAUUUUGGAAGCUCUCGAUAGUGACGAGCUAUGGCAGUAGCAACGCGACCUACCAAAUUGGACCAACUUGCGCGAAGCAUUUACUUGCCAGCAAAGAAUCUCUGCGCGUGGAAUGUGCCGUCAGCGGAUCAGGAUUACACUUCGGAGAUACAUACGACGUGGUAAUCGGUCCAGAAGGCUGGGCUCCUCAGUCGGAUACGACGAAGCGUAACUUGUCGAUUCCUUCGGAGCAGCGCAAAGCAAAUGAUGAGUAUUGGCAAAUAAUUCGCCCGGGAAGCGUGGUUUACAUGAGGUUGGCGUUCUACGCCACGGACACCAGCGGAGGUUCGUUGGGUUCCUGCCGGAAUCAUCUGGCCCAGAAAUUCGGCACUUUACUGGACAGUGGGCGCGUGACUGACUGUACGGUGGUCUCGCGUGAUGGCAAGCAGUUCGCCGUGCAUCGUGCUGUUCUGGCUGCGCAGUCACCAGUCUUUGCUGCCAUGUUCGAGAAUAACUGUAUUGCGAAAUCAUCAGGGAACUGCACAAUCAACGAUAUCAAUGGGGUUGUCUUGGAGGCGCUCGUCAAAUUUGCCUACACGUGUGCUCCGCUGGAGUUGCCGGCGGACCUUUUGCCGGACUUGUAUGACGCUGCGGAAAAGUAUGAUAUGGAUGAUCUGCGGAGCCACUGCGAAAGUGUGAUGACGGGCGCGAUCAACGUGGACAUUGCAUUGCGCUACCUCCUGUUUGCGAAGGAACGCGGUUUAAAGAAGUUGAAGACGCAAGCCAUAAAGUUCCUUUAUGACCAUAGCAGUGAAAUUUGAGCGCUAGUGGCAUUUAUAUGAAUUACGUAUUGAACCAUCGUGUGUUUGUACUUGACAUCUUCAUAUCGAUUCUUAACGGCAUUAACCAUCAUCACUGCAAUAACCGGACACUACUGCUUAAAACUUAAUUUCUUAUGUGUUUGUUGUAGGACUGCUUAACUGACUUACUACAUGAAAUGUGCGAACGCGAUAUUUUUGUUUCUAUCCUCGUGUUCUUCGCUCUCGUGAUCUUUUUAGAAAUCCUGUUUCU